AGAUGAACUACAAAAAACUCAGCGGUUCCAUCAGCAUGUUUCAGGGUUUUUGAUUCAUAUGUAACAAUAACUGACAUCUGGGUCAUAUUCAUACUCUUCUUUUUCUUCUUCAGAUGGAAUCUUAACGUUCGAUCAUGACGCGUCAUGUUAAAUAUCGCUGCCGCAAUGAAUUGUGGGUCUGUUUCUCUUUCCUCUCACAAAGAAGCUCCUGUGUGUCCUCUGCUAAAGGAGACAGGAAAGGAAGUCUGAACAUCAUCAUGGUGCUGAGGAAACACUUCAAGGUCACUUUUGGGAAACUUCCUAAACACAUUUGACAAUUCGACCGCAGUCUCUGAUUCUUUUCCUUUGAAUCCUCGUCGACAUGUUUCCUUCACCUCGUGACGUCAGAACUCUGGACCUUCUCACCAUGAGCCUCCAGUGAAAACUCAGUCAGUCGUUUCUUCACAGGAUCCAUCUUGUUUCUGUGUUCAGUUAUAAAAGAAUCAUCAUUAAUAUUCAUCUCUUCUAUCCUCGCGCUGCCAUGCCGCAUUGUUUACAUCCUGUGCGCAUGCGCGCAGAGCUCCGCUCCUGGCGCGUGUCUGCAGUGCAGCGCUCCGCCUGCAGGCGGGAGGGUGAAGUGCAGGUGGAGCAGGUGAGAGUGAUGUUCUCAUUAUCUUCUCUUCCAAACUCUGAACCAGUCAGACGUGAUCGAUCACUGAUCAGUUUCCGAUCAACACGAGGUCAGAAGCUGAAGAUUAAAACAGGAUUUACCUCUGAAAGUACAAAUUGACUUUGUGUCAGAGUGAGAGUUUGUUGAGUUCACGUCACAUCUGUGACGAUUGGAUGCAGCUGUGCAGGAUCAGGUCCUGGAUCAGGUCCUGUAAGGUCCUGGAUCAGGUCCUGGAUCAGGUCCUGGACCAGGUCACCUGCCUCUUCACUCAUGGACGAGUCGGCGUUGGAGCGUUACUUCGAUGACUCCAUUGCAAAUAACACGUCCCAUUCAUAAAUGUCCCUGAAUGCACCACCUGAAACUGGACACGAUCAGCUGAUCAGGGAUGACGUCAUGGGGUCAGUGAGCAGGUCAGUGUUCAAGGCACCUGAUAGAUCGAUUGAUUGAUUUGCUCCUGCAGGAAUCCAGCUUCAUGUUGGGGGAGGAGCUGGGUCUACAAGACCCCGCCCCCCCCCGGCAAGACGCCUCUCACCUGUCAGCGAAGGCGGGGCCACGCGGAGAGCAGGGGGAGGAGCUAGACCUCAGUUUUCUACCUGAUGAGCUCAGCACACAGGAUGACACAGCUGCUGCAGCAGAGUCUCAAACUGCAGCUGACACGUCUCACGACAGCGGCAUCUGUCCGGACUACAACUCCCAGGAUUCCACAGCAGCAGAGCUCCAGCAGGGGGCGUCCACUUCUGGAAUGGGGACCAGUGCCUCCCCCUUCUGUCCUAUGACCCCCAUGACUCCCAUGACCCCUGUGACCGAGAGAUCAGGGAUCAUCCCACAGUUACAGAACAUCGUGUCCACUGUGAACCUGUGUUGUCCUCUGGACCUAAAGUUCAUCGCCCUGCAGGCCAGAAAUGCAGAAUACAACCCAAAGGUUCUGACGAUGUCCCAAUGUCAGUGUCAGUCUGUUGUAAACGUGACUUUGGAAAAUAUGUCGCUGUUCAUUAUGGUGUUUCAGCGUUUCGCGGCUGUCAUCAUGAGGAUCCGCGAGCCUCGGACCACAGCACUGAUCUUCAGCUCAGGGAAGAUGGUCUGUACCGGGGCCAAGAGUGAGGAGCAGUCGCGGCUGGCAGCCAGGAAAUACGCCCGGGUGGUGCAGAAACUUGGUUUCCCCGCUCGCUUCAUGGACUUUAAAAUCCAGAACAUGGUGGCCAGCUGUGACGUCUUCUUCCCCAUCCGACUGGAGGGACUGGUUCUGACCCACCAGCAGUUCAGCAGUUACGAACCAGAGCUGUUUCCAGGCCUCAUCUACCGGAUGGUGAAACCUCGCAUCGUCCUGCUCAUCUUCGUGUCGGGGAAAGUGGUUCUGACCGGUAACGAAACUCUCCACGUGGUUGAUUACAAUGAUCUGUAUCACAUGACCACGAGGUCUGUGGUCACUCUUCUUCUGCACCUGUGGAAACUCUGCGUUUAGCUGAAUGCUAUCACUCUCUCGUGUAGCACGAGAAGUUUGCAUGAUUACCAAUGAGAGAAACAUGUUUUCUCGUCAUCCUGAUAUCUGAGAUACAGAUCACAUAAUUCAGAAAUGGAAACUCGUAAUUAUUAACAGGGAUCUGGUAAAUCAGGUCUCCAGAUCUCAGUUCUGAUUUGUGUAAUCAUGAAAUGCUGAUGUCAUGAUGCAGGAAUGAAGAUAUUGAACUGAUGAAACAGCUACGAUAGUAAUGAAGUUUGUGUCUUAUAAUUAUGGAAUACAUUAUUGUUGUUGUUGUAAAAGUAUGUGACCUAGUCCUUUUGAAAGUCAAAUUUCAAAAUUGAAUAGUUUUUUUCUCUGGCAAAUUAGUUUCCGGAUACUUUUCAUGAAUAAAGUUAAAACAGUUAUUGAGUCGUGUGCUGAA